AUGUCGGAAAUCAUCGAGGUACGCAGGCCCAAGUCGCCCAGCGCGACCUAUAUUCCCGUUUCGCUGGAUUUGGAUCCUCAAAAGUCGGUCCGCGAGGCGGCGGCAGCGAUUCUGUCCAAUUCUCAGAUCCAGCAAAUCGAUCUCGUGUUCAAGAAUGCUGCCGUUACUUCGAUACCGGAGCGCCAACUAAGCCCUGAAGGCAUCGAAAUGCAAUUUGCAACCAACCAUAUUGGCCACUUCCUCUUCACCAAUCUGAUCAUGCCCAAGAUCCUUGCAGCCGCCAAGUCAAACCCCAAGGGAACCACGCGAAUCAUCAAUCUCUCGUCCCGUGGAACCGUCUACAGUCCCGUUCGCUUUCAGACAUCGACUUUGACAAGAUAA